UUGUGAGCGAGUCACUUGGCUGGAGGAAAAGAAGUUUUGGCAAUUUGAAGGAUUUAUGUUCAUGAUUGGCUGUUUCUCGACCGCUACUGUUUACAUGCGACAAAGAGUUCUAGAUCUCAGGACAUUGAGACGGAUUCAAAGACAGAUAGCCAACAGUGUUUAGUUUGUUUAAUAAUGGCUAAGGUGUUUUUGGAAGUGUACAGUUUGUUGGAUGAGAUAGCCGAGGUGCCUGUACCGUCAGCAGUCUGUAUAUUCCUGAUGUCUUAUCUCCGGAGUCCCUCUAACAUUGAGCUUGUGCUGGUGGAGAGUGAACGCGAAGCUGUGAGUCUGAGCGUGAAUGUUGGAGCACUGCGGUACCGCUCUGUGACACAGGAAAGCUUGAACUCACCGAUACGAGAUUGUCACCUGCCCGUUUUUUUCUACCACAGACACAACCUCUUGUGUAGCUGGACUGUGUGCAGUGCUGCGGCAGACAGUGGUGAAGAAUGGCGACAUCUCCUUGGUUUUAGGGAGGGCUGCCUGUUUGCCUGUGCGGAGGUCUCCCUUUGGACUAGGUUCUGUGAAAUAGACAUUAUAGAAGUGGUUAAAGAUCUUUCAAGUGACACCGUGCUAAAUGUCAAGGUAUUCGAGGUACCCAGACACUUAGCCAGGUUUGAAGAACACCUCAAACAGCCCGUCAGGAUGCACAAUGUGGACAAAACUACGAAAGAAGAUGAACAGGGCUGUGUUGACCACGAGUUCGCCGAGGGUCAUACGAUGUCUCUUGCUGACCUCAUGAUAGUCCCAUGUGUCCGUGUGAUUUUCAAAUUGCUGUCGGGUUUAACACUCGCACCGUUGAUACCGUCUGUGCUGCGCUGGUAUCAGCUGGUCAUCAGUCAGGAUCAUGUCUCGGAGGCUCUGGAUACCAUCCAAGAAGUCCCUUCUCAAUUCCCCGGUAACAGUGUGGACAUCAACUGUGUGCUUCCGGAAGUUCCUCUACACAGUUUGUACAAAAGUGAUCCAAAGAGGUAUAAACCAAAGUGGAAAAUAUUUACACGCCAGGAUGAUGUUGACGCAGCUCUCAAAGUGGUGGAAGAUCUAGCACUGGAUUUGGAGUAUGACCCUCUGCCGUUUGGUCAUGAAGUGCCACUGGACUGGCAAGGGGUUCCGGGUGGUGUACAGCCUGAUGUGCCUAGUGACAGAUUGGCUAGGAAACGGCAACAGUUGGAGAACCUCUCCAAAGCUAUUAUCAAGGUAGCAAGGCCGGGGGAUACCAUCGUUGACUUCUGCUGUGGCAGUGGGCACUUGGGCAUUGUGGUGGCUCAUUGUCUGCCUCAAUGUCACGUAGUUCUGUUGGACAACAAGGAGGAGUCUCUGGCACGUGCCAAGGCCCGAGUCAGGGAUUUGACCUUGUCCAAUGUCACCGUCAUACAGUGCAACCUCGAUUAUUUCAAGGGCUCUUUUCAGAUCGGAGUAUCACUUCACGCUUGUGGCGUAGCCUCAGACUUAGUGAUCCACAGUUGUCUGCAGCGCAACGCAACAUUCGUCGUCUGUCCCUGCUGUUACGGUUCAUUACAAAACAACCACAUGGUGUCGUACCCCCAGAGUUCAGAGAUGUCUCUGUUGUCACUUCACCACUACCUGGUGCUGGGUCACUGCGCAGACCAGACUCACAAACAGCUCUACGACAAGAGUGCCCAGGGAGAGAGAUGUAUGGCUAUCGUCGACUACGACCGCUGCCUGCUGGCCCGAGAGAGAGGGUACUCCACUUCACUCGCUAAACUCAUCCCACAAACUUGUAGUCCCAAAAACAACCUCAUUGUUGGUAUUCCAAACAAUUUUGUAUUCUGACAUUUUUUCUAUGAAUAAAACGUUUAUUUUUGUUACA